GAGCCUGCAGACUACUCUAGGACGGCGCUCGGUAUUUCAGAAUGGAGAACGGUUCAUAAGAACAAUAGUAAACUCGGUCUUCACAUGCUUGAUUAUUGUCUUAAGGUUCAAUAAAUGUACAUUAUGGAUUAAGUUGGAGCUAGUGGUAAAGUGAUGCUCAUGAUGAUGAGAAAGAAUGUGAUGAGGAGGGUAGUGAUUUUCCUCGCUUGCAGUUAUACGGAACUCGUAUGAAGCAUUGUGGGGGAACCCCCGGCGAGAUGCCGAUCAAAACAUCGCGUUCGUACGGCGAGAAACUUUUCCUUCAGCCAUUUUGGAACACUGGUUAUAUUUUGCUAGCUCCUGACUGGUAAAGAUCGUAGAAUAUUACAUUUUGGGUAGUUUUUACUAGAAAGAAGGUUUCUUGAGACUCUGAAGCAAUUAUUUCGGUGAAUCGUGUUUAAAGAACUUAAUUUUCAAGAUGUUUUGUAAGCGAGUAACAAUACACAUUUUCCUCCGAUAAAUCUCUUAGAUUUUCAAGUAUUUCUAUAAUUCAUCUAAGAUUUUUCUUUGGACAAAUAAAAUUUCAUAGUUUUAGCUCCAUAACCCCGAAGAUUUCAUGAAAAUGUGUCGUUUCUUUCUAGAGUUAUUCUAUUGCGAAUCCAGGUCUGUCAUUGCUCAUUACAUAUGCAGCGACAAAAGUCUCGUGCAUAUAUAUACGACUUGUAUAAAUACGUGCGAUUGUGCGGGCGCUGCGGCUUGACUGUGUAUGAGAGCAGUCCAUUGGAUUGGGGCAAGAACAGAGAAGGCUCGAUCAACCAUGCUUUUAGUUCAGCUAGGGUCAUGGGGUUAACACAAGAUCAACAUAACGUGCACAUUUUGCGGAAAAUAAAAGAGUACAAUGUAAGCAUUUAUGUCACGCGACCAACAUCUACCUAUGCCAUGUUUGCUUCUAGUCAUACUAGUAACAACCCCAUUGUCAUUGCAGCACUGAACAGUAAAUAUUUCAAAAAAGCGAGUAAAAAUGAACACUGAUACAAAAGAGUUGGCACAAGAUUACGAUGCCAUUAGCUCGGUUUAUUCCCAGAAUCGAUGUCGUGACGAAGCUUUGAAAUGGGUCGAUUUCGAUGAAAACGACGACGUGCUCGAUGUUGGAUGUGGUUCUGGCAGGUUGUGUAAAAUGCUGUCUCCUCGUGUAAACUCAGUUACCGGCUUAGAUAUCUCUCAUGGAAUGAUAGAAUUCGCUAGGACUGAAAACUCAGGGCCCAAUAUACGAUUCUUUCAAGAGGACGCGCAGACGUUUGGUUCUCAUCUUACCGACUGGCGGGAAAAGUUCAACAAAAUCCUGAGCAUGUGUAGUUUGCAUUGGUGCUCUGACAAGGAGAAUGUGUUGAAGAAUGUCUACCAAUGUCUAAAACCAGGGGGUAUAUUUGUUCUAAACUUCGUUACACAUGCGGAGCUCUUUUCGGAAUGGAGUUCCUACGGUGAGACAUGGGACUCAUGGAUUCGAAAACAUCCAAAAUGGUGUCAAUAUCUACAGAAUCGCGACUACGAGGUGUUUCCAACAAAAAGUACUGAGGGCUUUCUAGACCUUAUGAGAUCAGUGGGUUUCGUCAUUAGACAUUCAGAGGUGAAGCAAGACCCUUGGGUUGAAUGGAAGGAGAGUAACGUAAAAGAACAAAUACGUUGCGUGUUUUAUCCGACAAAGUACAUCCCUGUGGAACACCAAGCUGAAUUCAUCGAUGACGUGUACAAAUGGGCGUGUAACGUCACUCCCAAGAGGUCUGGUAAUGUUUACCAAGGUGAAGUAGGGAGAAUGGAACACAUCACCAUAAUGGCUACCAAAGAAUGACAUCCUCAAAGUUUGUCUCUACUAGUAGGUCCAUGGUUGACCUGAUCCACUUGAGCACAUCCCUCGAUUUGUGUAUCUUUUUAACACCUGUACACAGCUUUGACAUAUUCCUCCAUCUUGAUGAUGCGGUCUUAUCUUGGAAUAAGAUUAUGGGAAGGCAGGGUAAGUUGAGCCUAGGGUAAGUUGAGCCACCGCCCCCAUUCCAAUUAUGAAUGGGUCGGACAUGUUGAUGGUGCCAUAUAUUGAUGAUCCAUUGCAUAACCUCUAACCCCAUAGGCGGAUCCAGGGGGGCCCGGGCCCCCCUAUUGGCGGAGCAACAAAAAAAAGAGGGGGGGGGAAGAAAAAGAAGGGAAAAGUGAGGAGAAAAAAGAAAGGGAAACAUAGAAGGAGGAAGACAAGUAAAUAAAAUAAGAUGAGGGGAAGACUUGAAAAAUAAGUUUAAAAAAUAUAUCAUGUCACUAAACAGUAUAAAAUUUUCGCUCGCGCUUCGCGCUCGCAUUGACUUUUAGGUGAUUUAUAUAUCUAGCUCAAUACGGAGCUUAAAUAUCAAAUUUUGAAGUCAAUAUACAAAACAUAUUUCCGCUCGAAAAUCAAACUUUCAUUAUUUUGUUUGAUUUACAAAUUGAUUUUUGUUUAAGUGCUCUGUAAAAAUGUAUGUUUCAUCUUCUGAAUAUAACAUUUUCUGCUCGCGCUGCGUGCUUGCAAAAUUUGAUUGGUCAGGUACCUAUUAUUUUCCUGUAUUCCAUAAAGUUCUCAAAUAUCCCUAUUCAGGUCACAUUGUCAAAACGUAACAGCUAGCGCUGCACGCUCGCAUUUUGAUUGGUGAUUUGAUAUGUAUAUCUCAAUAUUAAUUCUAUAACAAACUACUUAAAAUUCACAUUUCAUGACAGUUUAUCAAACAUUUCGGCUCGCGAUUUGCGCUCGCAUUGAUUGUUGAAAAUAUGUAACUCAUGCAUCUUAUUCAUAAUUACAAAAGUGCUUUAAAUGUCCAGUUUUCAGGCCAUAAUAAAUUAACAGAUUUCUCGUUCUCAUUAGGCUUAUUAGAUUGAUAAAUUAGAUAUUAAUUUAAUAAUCAACUUGACCCUUUUUAAGAAUGAAAUAUCGACAAGUUUCAUCUCCCGCUUAGAAAGAGAAAUAGGAAGAUCAUUUUCAUAUGAUGACAUAAUGUUCUUAGAAUGUCCCUGUCCUAUGUCAAAACUCAAAGUAAUAAUAAUGAAACAUAUCAGAUCUUUUUAACUGUGAUUCAUAUCCACCUCACAAUUUUCCUACAAAGUGCUUGAAAUGCAAAGCUUAAGGACGUUCCACAGUUAAAAUGAAGUCCAUGUCAUUUUCACCAAAUUUUGCAAAGAGUUACUUUGGUAUCUAUGCAUUAUAAAAAUACAAAAAAUAAUAUAGGUUCAUGUGCUUAUUUUUUUUUCUACGGGUCUUCAAAGUCGCCGUAUUUGAAUGAUAUGCAAUCUUGCGCAAUCAAGAGAAUUAUGCCUCUCUUAGACCUCACGAAUUCACCAAAUGAGUUUAAAUCAUCUUUACUCAGUGGAUACCGCAUCGAACUUCAUCAAAUUUCCAAGAUAUAUAACAAAGUGUAUACCAAAGUAAGAGAAAGUCUUUUAAUUGGUAAAACUAUAUCUAUUUUGAGUCAGCAGCGUCCUCGAUUGGCAAGAAUGGUGCAAAAACUCGGAAAAAAACAAAUCUUCAAAGACGUGAAUCUACUCAAAAAUUAAAAAAGUAUUUUGUGAGCUGCACUUUUUUCAAAAUCCAUGUCAAUUUCGUCAAAGUCGGCUGAAUUUUAGAGGAAUGCAUAUCGAAAGUGUAGGGAAGUUAAAAAUAUGGGGUCCAUGUGCUCGUUUUUUAACUGUCAGUGUCCAAAAUGACGCAAGUUGGCAUGAAAAUUGCCCAAAAAUGCGCCCAAAACGUGCAAAAGUCUAAUAAUGCCGUCUAAAAUGCGAAUGGUCCCGUAGUUUUGCCCUCAAACAUUCAAAAUCCAUGACAUUUUCAUCAUACUCUCCAGAUUUGUAGAAGAAUAUAUUCUGAAGAUAUUAAAGUAUAAAAAAUAUGGGGUCCAAGUGCUUGUUUUUAAACUAUUGGUGUCCCAAGUGUAGCAAGUUGGCUUGAAAAUCGCCUAAAAAUCGCCGAAAAUAUGCAAAGGUCUCUUAAUACCCACUAAAAUGCAAAUGGUUCCAUAUUUCGCUCCAAA